AUGCAAUCAGACAGCAGUGGCGACCCGCGGAUACACAUCUUCCUACAAUAUGGUAACAACAAGGAGAUGGUGAUUUUAGAAAGGAACGAUGAGCCUCAGGUGUUUGAAUCGUUACGUCGGCGGGCUCGAGCUCUGGUUGAGCGAACGAGUCCUGGUGAAAGUGAGCUGCACCUAUUCCGACAUGAUUACGAUUCACCAAGUGUUCUACAGCACAUCGCUUCCGUUUCACAGCUGAAUAAUGGCUGUAUUGUGGAAGUGAUUGUGGUGGAUCGAAAUGAGAAACCUACUCGUCCACAUGUUUUAGAGGUGAAAAACUACAUGACAUUAACGUUCUGUGAUUUCUGUGGAGCAAUGCUAACUGGUCUGAUGCGUCAGGGGUUGCAUUGUCUGGCGUGCAAAUGCAAUUUUCAUCGGCGUUGCACCGAAGCCCCACGAAACAACUGCGUUGUAGCCACACCUGGUCUGUCGACGAUGAGCCCCGUCCCUAUGGGUCCUGGUGGGAUCGGCGUGGGUAUUCCGUCAGUACCGUCAAGUGCCGCUUUGGAACUACCCCAUACCCUAGCCGAGAAUAACUACUUGACACCAACAAAGUGCAAGAUUUGUGAUAAAAUGCUUAAGGGACUUAUUCGACAAGGUCUCAAAUGCAGAGAUUGUGGGGUAAAUGUCCAUAACAAGUGCGCCUACCAGUUGCCAUCAAACUGCACUCUCUCUGAUCAUGCGAUCAGCCGCAUGAGCAUUACCGAACCGCCUCCAGCUCCUCACAAAGAGAAUCUCGUUAAUAUGGAUGAUGAACCGAGUAGUAGCGAGAACAUUCCGCUGUUCCGAUUACCUGGUCAAGUCACUUCCAGAAACACCACACAACCGAAAGUCGAAGGAUGGAUGAUUCAUUUUUUGCUGUCGGAUCCGGAACGAAGACUGAAACACUAUUGGAUUCUUGCAAAUGAUGCUAUCAACAUGUACAACGAGUACAACGAAGGCAAGCGCGUGAAUCCUAACAAAUGCUACAUGGUACUCCCUCUAGCUGAAAUUCUUGCCAUCACUCCUUACAAUGGACCAUCGGUUCACUCCAAGUACCCGCCUCAUUGCUUCGAAAUUCGGACGAUAUCCAACGUUGUCUAUUGUGCCGGAGAGAAUCUUCAUGCUUACUCUGGUGGUCCACCGAAGAAGAUCCCUCGAAGUCUAAGCAUUCGGCCGCCAUCCAAUACUCAACUUUGGUUUCAGGCUCUGAAGGACGCCCUACAACCUCCAGUGAGUCGAAGUGAUGCACCGAAUGCCGAGCGCGCAUUGGAGUUCGCCGAAUUGUACCAGGUCCUCAGCGAGAAGGUUCUUGGAUCAGGCCAAUUUGGAACGGUGUACAGCGCAAUCCAACGACAUACAGGAGUCGAGGUGGCAGUCAAGGUAAUAUCAAAGGAACGCUUUUCGAAGAAGAGCAAUGGGGUGGAGUCUAUGCGAGCAGAGGUGGCGAUAUUACAACGCGUCUGUCAUAGCGGCAUUGUUCGACUGGAAUUCAUGUGCGAGACGAAAGACAAGAUCUUUGUGGUAAUGGAGAAGAUGAACGGUGACAUGCUUGAAAUGAUACUCAGCCAGGCAGCUGGUCGUCUAGACGAGCGAGCAACUCGAUUCCUUCUCGUGCAGAUCCUCUCUGCCCUCAAAUAUCUUCACAAUCAAGGAAUCGCACAUUGUGACUUGAAACCUGAAAAUGUUCUUCUGUCUGAGACGAACACGAACUUUCCUCAAACGAAGAUAUGCGAUUUCGGUUAUGCCAGGUUCAUACCCGAGUCACAGUUCCGUAAGACGAUCGUGGGUACACCAGCCUAUCUGCCGCCUGAAGUUCUGCUUAGACAAGGUUACAAUAAAUCAUUGGAUAUGUGGUCGGUCGGCGUAAUCAUCUACGUUACACUAUCUGGAACAUUCCCGUUCAAUGAAGGAGAAGAGAUAGCUGAUCAAAUUCAAAAUGCUGCAUUCAUGUUCCCAGCUGAACCAUGGGCAGAAGUCUCACCUGCCGCCAUAGAUUUGAUUCAACGAUUACUACGGGUAAAGAUCGAGGAGCGUCUCACCAUCGAACAGUGUUUGGCACAUGAAUGGUUGAAGGGAGAGCAACUAUAUCGCGAUCUACGAAGUUUAGAAUUGCGAUUGAAGUGUCCACGGUAA